AUGGACGACGAACCGCCGAUACUCGCGUAUCCCAGUAAUAGGCAAGUCCCGUGGGACCCCGCUCAGCGUCCGCCAUCCCCGCUCAAUCCCGCCGCUAGACGCUUCCCCGCGCCCAUUCCUCCCCGCACUUGCGCGCAGGAAGCUUCCGCCAGUCCUUAUGGUGCGAGUCCCCAUAGCGGAAGCCCCUAUGGCGCAGUCUCUUCCGCUUCCCCGGUUCCGCUCCGCCGGUAUAACUCCGUCACCUCCCCCGCUCCGCCGCCCGUUUCCGUUCCCCCCGCCGGAUCUUCCCCCGCGCCCAAGUCUCCCCUCUUCCGCACGCCCUCGCUCGGCACCCCCGUGCGUAUCUCCGCCGCUAGAGAACAACCGUCGCCGCCCAUGUUUCUCCCGCCCACCGCCUCGGGGUCCCUCCCGAUAGCAGUUCCGCUCUAUAUUCCGCCCAACCACCCCCCCGUGGGGCCGGCGGACCGUUCAUUUGCGCCCAGCUGCGCGUAUGAGCCGCGGGCGCAGCAUCUGGACCGCGCGUUUGCGCACGACGGCGGUUGCGCGUAUGAGCAGCGGGUGCCACCACGGGGACCUGCGGCCCCGCUCGCACGGGGAAACAGCGGCGCCGCAUCCCGCCGCGCUGCGCCGAUUCCGCGCCACUCCUCCCUCCCCCUUGCGGCUUCCGCAUAUCCCAGCGGGAACUACUCUUCCGCCGUUUCGAACGGCCCUUGUCCCGCUCCUAGUAACAAUCAGCGACACGCGAAAGGGCCUGCUGGUAACCUGGUGACCAGCGGAGAAGACAGCGGGAAAUAUGUUCAGGCGGGCGGGUGGGAGAAACCGUUUAUUCAUCGAUCCACGUCAGCACCCGUGCCUGAUGACGAGGCUUGGGAAGAGGAAAGGGAAUAUGAAGAGGGGGAGGAGGAAGAGGAGGGAGAGGACUGGGAGGAGGAGAUGGGGGAAAAUGAGAUGGCGCCGGAAGGGGAAGGGCGCAAGGGGGAGAUGAGCGGCGCAGGCGGAUGGCAAGUGAGUGCGCGGGCUGGGGGGCCGGCGGGAGGGGAAACGCGGGGGUGGCGCGGGGAGGAACCCCGGCGGCAACCGGACAGGGCUUAUCUGACUAGCCCGUACGACCAGCAGCAGCAGCAGCAACAGCAGCAGUCACACCUUGCGAGGCAUUUAAGCCUGGAGCCGCAAUUCGCGGAUAACCGAUGCGGUCAAACGCGGGGGGACGAGCAGCGGGCGGAAGGGCGGGAGGGGAGAGGCGCGAACCUGCUGCGACAAGCAUCGGACGGGCAAUGCCUUGCGCGCAACGGCGGGUAUGGGCGGGGGGGACGCGGGGACGCGCAAGACGAGCAGGACAGGCAAUAUCUGGACAGGCAGUGCCCAGAUAGGCAGCAACCGGACAGGCAGCAACCGGACAGGCAACAGCCGGACAGGCAACAACCGAACAGGCAACAGCCGGACAGGCAACAGCCGGACAGGCAACAACCGGACAGGCAACAGCCGGACAGGCAACAACCGGACAGGCAACAGCCGGAUAGGCAACAACCGGACAGGCGUCAUCUGGACAGGCGGCAUGCGGAUGGCAUGUACGUGGACAGGAGCGAGCCGGACCGCGAGCGGCUGAUCGAACUGCGACUGCGGCGCCACUACCAGCCGUGCACUGACCACGCCAAUACCGCCUGCAAUAGCACCACCCUCCCCAGCAAACCUGCCUGCACCAACCACCUGCAGCGCUCUGCCUCGGAUGGACGUGCGAUGACUGGUCAGGUGGCACCUGACAGAGAUUCAACUGACUGUGAUUCACCUGACCAGGUGGUUCCUGCCCAGAUGCCAGUGCCCAACCUGGUGGCCUGUGGACAGGUGGCACCUGGUCAGGUGGUUCCUCAGCUGCUGCCGAGCAGGUCCCUGCGGCAGCUGAGGAGAAUGCCUCCUCUUGACUCGAGAACGCAGCAGCAGCAGCAGCAACAGCAGCCAGACACUCGCACACCCCGGGCACGAGUAGCUGUUCCCGAGCCUACCCAAUCCCCCUCGUACCAGACCUCUUCCCCUUACCUCCCUCCUCGCCCCCCUCUUCAAUCCCCUCCUACCUCCCCUCCCUACACCUCCCCUUGCUCCCCUCCUCUCUCCCCUCCUGCAUCUACCGGAACCGCCAUCUGCCACUCCCCUUCCCACUCCUCGCCCUCUUCCUCCUCCUCCUUCGUGUGGCCGAGGGGAAACGGGCCCGACUUUGGGGCAGGCGGGAGGGCUGCAUUGGGGGGAGCAGACAAGUGGGUGGCGUGCUUUGUCCCGCAGUGCUGGAACCGCAACUGA